AUGUCGUUUCUCUACCCCAGACAAGAUACCCUCAAGGGCUGCUUCGCCUCCCCAGUCCCGGGCUCGGCCCCGAAGGCGAGGCCCACCCGCUACCAGGCUCGUCCGGAGCUGUACGGCGCAUUCUCCACUGUCGACGACGUCAAGGGCAAGGCCCAGAAGCUGAGCGCCGAGGCGACGGCCGAGUUUGAAAAGGCCAGCGCAAAGGCCCAGGCCAAGGCGGGCCACAUUGAGCUGUACUCUGCCAAGUAUUAUGCUGCCUGCACGGUGGGCGGGCUGCUGGCUUGUGGCCUCACCCACACGGCCGUGACGCCGCUGGACCUCGUCAAGGUCCGCCGCCAGAUCGACUCCAAGCUGUACAAGGGCAACUUCCAGGCAUGGGGCAUGAUCUUCCGCAAGGAGGGCUUCCGCGGCAUCAUGACCGGCUGGGGCCCGACCUUCUGGGGCUACUCGGCGCAGGGGGCGUUCAAGUACGGCUUCUACGAGGUCUUCAAGCACGAAUACUCGGAGCUCGUGGGCGCCGAGAACGCCGCAAAGUACAAGACCGGUGUCUACCUGGCCGCCUCCGCCUCCGCCGAGUUCCUCGCCGACAUCGCCCUCUGCCCCUUUGAGGCUGUCAAGGUCCGCAUGCAGGGCGGCAUCCCCUCGCCGUACAAGGGCACCCUCGACGGCAUCAGCAAGGUGACUGCGAAGGAGGGCUGGGGUGGUCUGUACAAGGGUCUCUACCCUCUGUGGGGUCGCCAGAUCCCCUACACCAUGAUGAAGUUCGCCUCGUUCGAGACCAUCGUCGAGAUGAUCUACGCCCGCCUGCCCGGCGAGAAGAAGGACUACAGCAAGGCCGCCCAGACGGGCGUCUCCUUCGUCGGCGGCUACCUCGCCGGAAUCCUCUGCGCCAUCGUCUCGCACCCGGCCGACGUCAUGGUCAGCAAGCUCAACGCGAACCGCCAGCAGGGCGAGGCCUUUGGCGCCGCCAUGGGACGCAUCUACAAGGACAUUGGCUUCGGCGGCCUCUGGAACGGCCUGCCCGUCCGUAUUGUCAUGAUUGGUACCCUGACCGGUCUCCAGUGGAUGAUUUACGACUACUUCAAGAUCUUCAUGGGUCUUCCGACGACCGGAGGCGCGGCGCCUCCCGAGGAGAAGCUUAAAUAG